UUAUUGUAAAAACAGAGAAAAUGUUUUGAUUUAGAGUUUUGUAUUAUUAGUGAAGUAAUGAUUGCGUGAACACAACAACAACAACAACAACAACAACAACAACAACAACAACAACAACAUUAACACUCAAAACACUUCAUCGGAUCAAUUAAUUGAUAUUUAAAUGAGUCAAUUAAAAGAAGAAGAGUUGUCGCAAACCACCACAGAAUUGGUGACCACUGAGUUAGUGACCGUAAACUCUAUCGAUUCUAGCAUUUCGUCACUCGUUGACAGCGAAGGCAAAAACUCAAAGAACUUGUCGUGUCUUCACUGUAAUUGUCUUCUCUUGAGACCAAACAUUGGUUUAUAUGUUAAGAUUGAGAAAGAGUUACCAUCAGUGAUGAGCCGAAGUGAAGACACAAACCAAUCGGAAUUAUUGUCGGAUUUUUGGUUGGUUUCAGAUAUGUUUCAGUUCGAGAAUAUGGCGUUCAGUAAGAAUGUCAAAGAUGUGAAGUACUUGGCCUGUGCUGAGUGUGAUAUCGGACCCAUUGGAUGGCAUAACUUGAGUGACCAAAAGUGUUAUAUUGCAAACAAUAGGAUUAAACAUAACUAAUAAAUCUGUCUUUUGAAGAGGACAUGAAAUAAAGUGACUUUUGGGACCAAUUUGUUGUCUAUUGUCACGUUUACAGCUAUUAUUUAAAGUUCAGUAU